ACGUGACGCUUUAGCCCCGCCUUCACUACCAGCUAGUUCAGCAACUGCUCUCGGGCAGGGACGGGGAUGAAAGAGGAACUGCUUGGGCAGAGAGGGGGAUCUCGGAGGGAAGAUGAGCGCCGAAUCGCUUACCUUAGACUGCGUCAUUCAAAUAUUCUCGUACCUCGAAGUACCGGAUCUGCUCAGGGCAGCCCAAGUGAAUAAGACAUGGAAAGAAGCUGCAGGGACGGCUUCUCUUUGGAGAAAUAUGUGUCUAAGACGGUGGGCCUUCUGCAAUAUCUCAGUGAACCCAGGAAUGCAGACCUGGAAAAAGUACUAUCUCUACCGCUCUAAUCUUGAGUAUAAAAAGGUGUCAGGACGGCCUUCAGUUGACUAUACAUGUAAAGCGAUGAGAGGACAUAAAGGAAUAAUAAAUGAUAUGGCUUACCUAUCAGACAACGAACACACUUUUGCAACAGGAAAGGUCAAGUCUGUUGUAUGUACCACUUCUUCUGAUAGCACUGUCAGAGCAUGGGACGUCCAAGAGUUGGUCAUGGAACCGACCAGAGGGACGGCAACCCUGGACUUAAUCCUCAGUGGGGACCGGGACCUGGUGCAAGAUGGUACACAGAUUUGGUCGAGUCCCCAACAGGAAGCCCCACUAGAAAAUAUUAUCACAUUUCCUUUGUGUAAAUUGGUGGCAACAACAGACUGUCGUGGGAUGAUCAAACUAUGGCAUGGAGAUACAGGGGAAGAGCUUGCAGCAUUUUCAGCGUCAUCCUCCUCAUGCUCUGUGGCUGCCUACACAAUAAACAAUAAGCCAUUCCUAACUGUAGGCACUGAAGAAGGUAAACUCUAUACAUUGGCAGCGGCUGAUUUAAGCCAGAUUUCACAGGCAAAGGUGUUCCAAAACUGUGGCAUAGAUUUGUCACUUUGUUCACCCGAUGGGCUAUGGAUAGUUGUUUGUCCUACUGAUCAUGCUUUAUCACCAAAGGUGUGUUAUACACAUUGUGCAACUAAUACAGAAGAUGAACUGAUGUUGUCUAGUCCUCUUCCGAUCACAGAUCAGUGUCUUGUUACCUGCUGGUUACCGUCAGAACCAGCAAGAAUUGCCAUAUUGCAUAAGGAACAGACAAAUUUUCGCAUUGUGAGCUUGGAUGUAGUCAUUGAGAAGAAAUCAAAAUAUAAAAUGAGUAUUACAGCUCAACAGGUUGCAGACUUCACAUUACCAGGACAAGAACCAUGGAUGACUAAGAUAAUUAUGAAAGGAUUUGGCAAGCAAACUAUUCUUAUAGCAGCUGGACUGGAGCUGAAAUUAUACUCUCUGGUUGGAACUGAAUUAAUGGCUUUCAAGGAUCACCAUAAAAUUAUUACAUCAAUCUGGGUGGAUCCUUUUCAUGUUGUCACAUCAUCCAUGGACCUUUCACUCCGUGUGUACUCCUGGAAAAAUGACAACAAAUUCUCUUUGUUAAUCAGUCGUUAUCACUUACUAGGAGGAUCCCACAGGUGGUCAAGUGGCUUUAGAAGUGUGGCUUGUGACGAUGUGAGCAUUGUUGGAGUGGUGGCUGGAACUGACGGGACAGACAUUUUAAGAGCAUAUUCCUUUAAUUUGUAAGAUUUAAUGUUUGAUUCUCAUUUUUGUUUUGUUUUAUUUGUCAAUUAACAAAAUGAAUUCAUCACAUGACAGCCUACAUGUGUAUUUAAGUGGCAUGCAACUGCAAUCUAGAGACAAACUGUCAGUACUAUAUAUAACAUUUCAUGUCACCUGAAAGCAAAAUCAUGCAAUGAAAUCUAAGCUUUGAUUAAAUGUUUAUACCAUCAAUAAA